AGUAGGUCAUUGCGUUUGCUUGUGGUUUACGGUGACUUCCGGGAUCUGGAGAUCCUCCAUUUUGCCAAAUUUGGUCCAUCUUCCCAUCUCGAUUUCUGCGUAGAUUUGAGCUUUUGCACGACAGGAACAGGAACGGGGAUGUUUUUGACACUCCACAGAAACGGAUAACCUGCGGAACACUUGACUUCCAGCCGUGGCUUGAGAGGGAAUCGAAGCACAACUCUGUGCCCCCCUCCCCUCUCUCGGCAGGGCUAUUUUUGACGGAAGUAAACUAGACCAGGGCGUAUCAGGCGUUGACACAGAUCCGCUAGUAAUGGCUUCAUUCUAACGUUUUCCUACACUUUCAAGCACGAUUUUGAGUCGAAGAUGACAGCGAGAAUGAACCGGCGGAUGGCUAACGAGGUUUGCGGGGACUGUGGUACGGCAGAGCCGGGGUGGGCGAGUAUCAACCGCGGGGUGUUACUGUGUGACGACUGUUGUAGUGUGCACAGGAGCUUGGGUAGGCACAUAUCACAGGUGCGGUCUCUACAGCAUAGCAACUGGGCCACCAGCCUCCUCACCAUGGUGCAGCAGCUAGUCACCAGCGGAGCCAACUCCAUAUGGGAACAUUCAUUACUGGACCCAGCCAUGGCCAGGAGUACGAAGAGGAAACCCUCCCCUAACGACUCCCUGAGUACCAAGGCUGACUUCACCAAGGCGAAGUACCAGUACCUGGCCUUCGUACACAGGCUACCCUGCAGGGAGGAUGAUGACUCCACCAUGCAGGACCUGAGUAAGCAGCUCCACUCCAGUGUGCGGACAGGUAGUCUGGAGACCAGCCUGCGGCUGCUGUCUCUGGGAGCUGAUGUCAACUUCUUCCACCCGGAGAGGGGAGCCACGCCCCUGCACGUGGCAGCGUCUGCUGGACAGACUGGGCAGGUGGAGCUGCUAAUUGUGCACGGUGCAGACCCCGGUGCCCUGGACAUCAACAGUAAGACCCCGAUCCAGUGUGCUAAAGAGGCAGGGUUUACGGACCUGUACGAGCGGCUGAUGGCCUGUCAGUUUGAGCUGACGGACAGGCUGAUCUACUACCUGUGUGGCAGGAAACCUGAUCACCUGAGCGGACAGCACUUCAUCAUACCUGAGAUGGCAGACAGCAGUUUGGACAGGUCGGAGUUGGCUAAACAGGCGCGUAAGAAGCUCCAGGCUCUGAGUAACCGUCAGUUUGAGGAGCUGGCGAUGGACGUGUACGACGAGGUGGACAGACGAGAGAUGGACGCCGUCUGGCUCACAACACAGAACCACAGUGCAUUAGUGAUGGACCGGACCGUGGUGCCGUUCUUACCUGUCAACCCAGAGUUCUCCUCCACCAGGAACCAGGGCCGGCAGAAGCUGGCCAGGUUCAACGCUCGCGAGUUCGCCACGCUCAUUAUCGACAUCCUGAUCGACGCACGCAGGAGACAACAGCCGGGCGGACAGCAUGGUUCUGUGUCUGACGCGCCGAUGACGCGGGAGGAGAUGGCGAUGGCUCUGGGGCGGAUGAGCGGCUUCAGCGAUGAGGAGCCGGUCUACGACAGCGUGGCAUCUGACGAGGACGACCUAGAGAACCAGAGGCUGUCUGACCCAAAAGGUCAAAGGGCAGAGAGCAUGGCCUCGUCUGACCUUUCUGACGGGCCGAUCACCCUGGAGGAGUACCUGCAGGUGAAGAAGGCGCUGGCUGCGUCAGAUGCGCGGGUGCAGCAGCUGAUGCAGCUGAAGCAGCAGCAACAGCAGGAGAUCAGCCUGCUGCAGUCCAUGGUCCAGAAACUCAUGCAGGAAAACGCUAACCUGCGGACACAAGUAGCUUCAGCCCAGGCCACGGCUAACAAGCAGGAGGGGAACACAGAGAACAACAACUCCUCCUCCUCCAGGUCAGGCAGGGACAGACCCAUCUCCAUGUUUGAAACCAGAGCUGCUCCUAAAGAGCUCAGCGCAUGGAAGGAAAUGGGUAAGCUGCCGUCCACAGAGGACCUUGUAGCCGGGAUGCCGUCCAGCAUCCAGAGAGACAUGGGCGUGGCAGGGGCGGGGCCACAGGAUGACAGUAAGGACAAACAGGCUAGCGACGCCGCAAGCGAUUACGAUAAUAACCCUCAGGACGAGCAGGAAAGGCAGCAAGGUGUGGAGGGAGGGGGCGAGGGAGAAACUCCCGACCCCCUGGGGCAAGACCCCACCCCCUCAGACAAGGAAGGCGGGGAGGAAAGGAAAGAAGUGAACCCACCAGGAGCUGAACCGACGUCACUACCCUCCCAGGACGACGUCGUCCGCAAAACGGAACAGAUCACGAAAAACAUCCAGGAGCUCCUGCGGUCGGCGCAGGAGAGCAAGCAUGACAGCUUCAUCGCCUGCUCCGAGAAGAUCCUCACCGCCGUGAAGGAGAUGGCGGCGCUCUUCCCGGAGAAGCCGCGCUCGGAGACGAUCCGCUUGUCGCUGCAGCUGCUGACGAGCAGCGCCCAGCGGCUGCAGGUGCAGUGCCACCACACGGUGCCGACGGAGCCGGAGGGCGACGUGGACAUGCAGCUGCUGACUCAGCAGGUUAUACAGUGUGCGUACGACAUCGCUAAGGCGGCCAAGCAGCUCGUCACCAUAUUUCAGUGAAGGACGUACCGUAUUUAUCCCAUCUUUGGUAUUUUUUUCCCCAAAAGAAGCUUUUAGCAGGUUAUACAGUGUGCAUACGACAUCGCCAAGGCAGCAAAGCAGCUCGUCACCAUAUUUCAGUGAUGGACAUACUGUUUUUAUCACAUUUCUGGCAGU